AUUUUAAAGUUUAAACAGACUUACGAAACGUCAAUACUUAUAUUAUUAGUAGUAUUUACACUCACCAUACAAAAAGAAAAAAAUAGUAGUAUUUACCUUUGUAUGAUCUAUUGAAGUGGAUGAUAAUUUCAAAUAUUUAUGUCUUCCUUUCAGAUCAAAUUAGUUGUUCCAACACAAUGGAAGUCCUGUCUAUGGUUGCUGAACCUCUUUUGUCAGCCACUUUUGAAUGGAUGAUCCAAAAGCUGAAUGGUUUCAUUUCCAGCAAUUCCCAGGGAUUACAGGAAGAGGUCCAUGCUGGUCUGGAAAAAUGGAGGACCUUGCUACCGCAGAUCCGUGGUUUGCUCAGAGAUGCAGAAGAGAAGCAACUCCAUGAAAAUUUCGUGAAGACCUGGCUUGAUGAUCUCAAGGACUUGGCUUAUGAUAUGGAGGACAUUUUUGAGGAAUUCAAGGUUGGUGUCAAUGAUCAGAGAAGCACCUUGAUAGCAAAACCUCAACAAGCCACUAGCAGCAAAUUUAUCCCAACAACAUGCUUCUCUUGUUUCAAAGGCAACAAUUUCAUGUUUGAUUCCCAAACCAUUUCUAAGGUGAAGGAUAUUUCUAAAAGGUUGAAAAUUUUGGAUGACACAUCCAAAUCACUUGGCCUAGUGAAUUUAGGAGUGCAAGCUGGAGAGCGGCCCAACAGAGUAGAUGCAGUAAGGAUUACCACUUGUCUGCCUGAUCCUUAUGUUUUUGGUCGGGAGAGUGAUAAAGCAGAUAUUCUUCGAGAGUUGCUAGCUGACGGCGGCAGUGAUAAAGGAUAUUCUGUAAUUCCCAUUGUUGGAAUGGGAGGUGUUGGAAAGACAACGUUGGCUCGAUUUAUUUACAAUGAGGUGGGGGGAAGCUUUGACCCCAAAGUUUGGGUCUGUGUUUCCGAUCAAUUCAAUAUUUUGAGCAUAACAGGAUCAAUUUUAAAGGCAGUAUCUAAUGACCAGUGUGAUUUGAAAGAUCUAAGUCUGAGUCAGCUUCAAGACAAAUUGAAGGAAAAAUUAUCUUAUAAGAAGUUUCUUCUUGUUCUGGAUGAUGUUUGGAAUGAAGGCUCAGUUCCAUGGGACACCCUGCAAAAACCUUUUCAAUUUGGAUCAGCUGGAAGCAAAAUAAUUGUUACAACUCGUAAUGAGAAUGUUGCAAAAACCAUGGAUAGGAAAGCCCAGAUAUACCGGUUAAAACCGCUAGAAUUUGAACAAUGCUUGCCAAUUCUAGCUCAGCAGGCAUUAGGAGAGAAGAACUUUGGUGCACAUCCAAAUUUGAAAGAUGUUGGUGAAGAAAUUGUUAAAAGGUGCAAGGGAUUGCCGUUGGUUGCCAAAGUCAUGGGGGGCCUCUUACAACGUUCGCUUGACCUGGAAUAUUGGAAAUACAUAAAGAAUAAAAUGUUGAAUUUACAAGCACAGGAAAGUGGGAUUCUACCAGAGUUGAUGCUGAGCUACCAUGAUCUUCCUUCUUAUUUGAAGCAAUGUUUUGCAUAUUGUGCUUUGUUCCCUCAAGACUACCCAUUUAAGAAGGAUGAGUUAGUUAUGUUGUGGAUGGCAGAGGGACUCUUGUGGCAAAAACCGGGGGAACAAAAUAGAUUGGAAGAAAUCGGGCAUCAAUAUUUUUGUGAGUUACUUUCAAGAUCAUUUUUUGAGCAGUCUAGUGGAGAGUAUGUAAUGCAUGAUCUCAUACAUGAUUUGGCUCAAUUUGUUGCUGGAAGAACAUGCCACAACGCACAUACUAUGUUGGAGGUUGAUAAGAAAUCUAAAGUGAAAUUUGAGAAGGUUCGUUAUUUAUCAUUCCAUUGUGGUGGUUAUGGCAUCUCUGAGAAAUUUGAAGUUCUGAAAGAAAUGAAGAGUUUACGGACACUCAUUCUUGCUAGUCCAGAAGCUUGUUGGCGCUAUUUAGCAAAGACAGUGGUGCUUGAUAUGAUACCAGAAUUAAGAUGCUUAAGGGCAUUAUCUCUUCGGGGUUAUUAUAUAAGAAAGCUGCCAGAUUCAAUCAGAGAUUUAAAAUGUUUAAAGUACCUUGAUUUGUCUGAAAUUGAGAUACAAAGUCUGCCUGAAUCAAUAAUUUUCCUCCUCCAGUUACAGACAUUGUUGUUAUUCAACUGCAAAAGCUUUUCAAAGUUUCCUGUGACAAUUGGGAAGUUAAUUAACCUCCAUCAGCUGGACAUUAGGGGAACAGAUUCCUUGAAAGAGAUGCCAUCAGGAAUAGCUAAUCUCAAAGAUCUGUUGACACUGGGUAAAUUCAUUGUGGGGAAGGAAAAUGGAUCAAUUAAAUUAUCUGAUUUGGAGAACCUUUCACAACUUGAAGGAGAACUAUCUAUUCUAGAUUUGCAGAACGUUUCAAAUGCUCAUGAUGCUAAGAAAGCCAGGUUGGACAAGAUUGAUGGUCUUGAUUGGUUGCUCUUGCAAUGGACUUCUGAUUUUGACAAUUCUAGGAAUGAAGACAAGGAAAUGCAAGUCCUUAGCUGGUUAAAACCACAUCCAAAUUUGAAAAGUCUCUCAAUUAUUUGCUAUGGUGGCAAGGAAUGGCCGUCCUGGAUUAGUUGUCCGUCAUUUUCUAAUUUAUCAUACUUGAAGCUGUGUGAGUGUAGAAGAAGCACUUCGUUACCAUCACUGGGGCAAUUACCAGCGCUCAAAGAAUUGAUUGUGGAAGGCAUGGAUGCAAUAGAAACGGUGGAUUCUAAGUUUUAUGGGCAUGAAACUUUUCAAUCUCUUGAGAAGUUGGAGCUUCGUGACAUGUCGGCUUGGAAGGAAUGGAUUUCUACAACAGGAGAUGGAGUGGGAUUCUCAUGUCUUCUUGAGCUUGUGAUUGAAAAUUGUCCUAAGUUGAUAGGACAAUUACCCAGUCAGUUGUCUUGUGUUACUAAUCUUGUGAUCAGAAGAUGCCCAGAGUUAAGAUGCCCAUCAUCAUCUACGAGUCUUCAGUCACUACAAAAGCUCAAUAUUGAAGACUGCAAUGUGGUCCUUUUGAAUAGCAUGGCUGAUCUCACCUCUCUCACUAGCUUGGAAAUUAAGAGAAUUUCAGGACUUGUUUGCUUGCCUAAGAGUUUUGUUGAGUCCUUGAUAGCAGUUGAGAAUGUGAGGAUUGAAGAAUGCCUUGAGCUUACUUGUUUAUGGGAGGAAGGUGCUGAGGUACAAAACCUUGCUCGUCUUGAGGAAAUGAACAUUGAAGGCUGUCCUCUGCUUGUUUCAUUGACGGGGAAAGAACAGGGCCUUCUUCCUUUCAAUCUUAAACGUCUCACCCUCUCAAACUGCAAGGCUCUAGAGUCAUUAACUGAUGUGAUGAUGAUGAAGUUAGAUGGAAGCAGUAGCAGCAACAACAUGUUGAGACUUGAAUCAUUAAGCAUCUACAAAUGUGAUUCUCUCAAGUCUUUACCCAACACAACGGUUAAACACUUGACAAUUAAUGGAUGUGCGAAGUUUGAGUCUUUACCAGAUGGAGUAUUAUUGCAAGAUAAUGGUGACAGCAAUAGCAAUCUUGAAUCUUUGACAAUAGAGGAACUCCCAUCUCUAAAUUCUGUUGGGACUGGUCAUCUGCCAGCUUCUCUCAAGGAAUUUAUUGUUUAUGAUUGGAAGAGGUUGGAAUCAUUUCCAGAGAGGAUGCUGCAACAUUGUACGGGACUUGAAUUCCUUCGAAUUGGGAAUUGUGAAGUAUGGAGAAGCUUAUCACUUGAUGGCCUCAGCAAUCUUCGCUAUUUGUACAUUACCAAAUGUGCAGUUUUAGAAUUCUUGCCAGAGAUGGGUCUCUCCUUGCCCAAUCUUAGGUCUUUGAAAAUUGCAGUUUGUCCAGGGUUGGAGCGCAUUCCAGAUGGGGGUUUGCCCCUAAACUUAACAGAUCUUAGAUUAGAAAAUUGUCAGAAUCUCAACUCCCUACCAAAUACAAUGAAUGAGCUUACAUCGAUUCAGAAACUGAUGAUAAGAGAUUGUCCAGGCAUCAAAUCCAUUCCAGAUGGGGGUUUUCCCCCAAACUUAACAAAUCUUGAAUUAAACGGUGAGCAUCUGAAGCAACCGGCAGUAGAACGGAGCCUCCGCAAUCUAACCUCUCUUCAAAGCUUUAUCAUUUAUGACACGUGUCCUGGUCGGGAUAUUGUGCUUCCUUCUUCUUUAACAUAUCUACGGAUAGACAAUGCAAAGAAUCUGAAAUCCAUACCCAGAGGGCUCCUCCAAAACCUCAAUUCUCUUCAAUUUUUACGGUUUUGGGGGUGCCCAAAGCUACGGUCCUUGCCGAGGAAAGGCCUGCCUCCGUCGCUUGGAUCUCUCUGGAUUAAAGGGUGUCCGCUUCUAAAACGACAACGCUUUGAGGAGAAAGGAGAAUAUUGGUCUCUCACCCGUACCAUCCCUGUCGUCACUAUAGAUGGUGAUGAGGUAAAACCUACACUCAAACUCACACUCUGAUGUAGAUACAAACAAGGAUAGCCUCUUCUUUUUCUUCUUCUUCUUCUUGUUCUUCUAAGUGUUGGAAGCUAACUUUUCUUACACAUAUCCAUCAGCUAUAACCACCAAAGCCAAGGCUUACUUGUGUGAAUUCUGGAAUGAAGCUACAGACUUAUU